AUGUCAAAACGCAAAGCAAGCUCGGAAAAGAACGAAAAAUGGAAUGCAAUAAACAAGCAACACACAGAUUGGAUUGGAACCCUCAACGAUAUCUGGACAAAUCAUCCUAUCGCACGGAUUCAGAAACUGGCAGAUAAAAGUAUCAAAAAUUAUAAGGUUAUGUAUUUGCAUUUAUUGUACGUGAUUACGGGAUUUAAGAGACGUUGGUACCGCUCCUGGGUUCAUCCUAUGCUUUGGACUCGGGAUAAGAUCCUCUGCUUUCCUCCACUUUCGGAGAGCGAUAUCAGCGGAAAGAUGGAAACCACAGUUGAACAUAGAAAUGAUUUAAUCCCUAAAUCCGAAUACAAUGAACUUCAAGAUAUUCAGGUCGAACAUAGGGAUAACUCAUACCCCAAAUCUGAAGAUAAUAAUCAAGAUGAAUUGCAUACAGAAGGCUUUAAUAAUGAUGAAGAACAAUACGAAGAAGAAUAUUUCGCACACAUUAUCGACCUUGAUAAUGCGACAGAACGAGAGAAACCUCAGUUCUUUACGGUUGAAGAGUGGUCGAAAAUUAUUUCCGAAUCACAACCACCAUCAAUAAAAUUACCUAAAUCUGUUGAAGAACAACUCGACUUAACUUUGGAAGAAGAUAUUUACACUCGUAAAGUCAUGGAGCACUUUAUUUUUUGUCUUGAGAACCGACCAGAUUAUUUUGCGCAACGACCAUGUACCGAGUCAACAUUCUGUGUACGAUUUAUUGGACCCAUAAUUGAACCUUUUAUCUUUAUAUUCAAAAAUUUGGAUAUAACUUGGGGUGAAGUUUCAAGCUUGUCCUCAGCAACCCGCCGAAAUUUUCGUCUCGAAGAAGGCAAAAGACGUAGGAUCGGUUCGAAAGGUGAUGGUAUUGGAUCUUUAGUCAAUCUUGAUAAUAAAGAAUUUCUUGUUAUCGAGCUGUCUGGAGCACCAACCCGUCUCCCAAAGAGACAUAUAGAGGGAGAUAAAGUAAAAAUUGAAAGAUGCUUGGUUGAUAUACUUAACAACCAUCUUGAAGAUUAUAAAACAUGCGAUUUUCAGCUUGCUAAGAAACUCCGAGUAUUCGGUUUUCAAACUGAAG